UCUCAAAUUAAAAGUCAGAAUGGGAGUCAUUUUGAUGGGUUUGGUUCUUUUCUGCAUUGCCUUCAAACAUGCUGCUCCAUUGUGCCUAUUGACUGAAUAUACCAUGUUUGUGGAGAAAAAAGAAUGUGCCUAUUGUCUCGCUGUUAACACCACAAUAUGUUCAGGAUACUGUACCACACGGGAUCCAAACUUGAAGGAAGGACGUCCUAAAUUCCUUUUUUCUCAUAAUCAGAAUGCCUGCAUAUACCAUGAAUAUAUUCACAAAACUAUUACCAUUCCUGGUUGCCCUAUGCAUGUCGAUGCACUUUAUACAUAUCCUGUGGCCAUAAGCUGCAAGUGUGGCAAAUGUAACACAAACUACAGUGACUGCAUUCAGGAUAUGAUCAAAACAAAUUACUGUACAAAACCAAAGAAGUCCCAUUAUAUCAGCUUCUCCAAUUAUAUCCAGUAGAAACAUCUUGUUUGGGCAGUUGAAAUGCAAAAGCCCACAAUUCUUCAUAACUGCAUAUCUUUAGUGUAGAAAUUCAAGUCAGUCUUUUGUUACAUUCAGCAUUAUUGGUGGUAUAUUUAUUUCUGUUUGUGAUAAAUAUGAGGCUUCUUUUUUUCACUCAAAAGGAAUAUAGUUUUGUUGCAUAAGCAAAAACAUUGCUAAGUCUAAGCCUGUGAACCAAGUACCCAUUUUCCAGAAAUUAUU